UGCCACGAGCUCUCUGACUUUACUCCCUUCCCCCCAGACAGCCACCAGAGAGUCUCGCCCCUCUCCACACUUCGUUUGGUGGCGGCCGACGCAGUGUGUGCCCUUGUCCAUCACCACAAUCACUUGCUGGUGCUACAUAACAUCCUCUCGAGUCCUUCGUCAUUCCAGUUCAGACGUGAUCAAGGAUCUGGGCACAUCCUAAAUCAAUUGAUCCAUGAAGUUAAUUAAUUGAAAACAAAACUAAAAAAUCUGAAGAAUUAAAUUAAACGAUGUGUAGGGAAUUUUGUGGAUUGUGAAGUAUUGCAACGAUUCUAAUCAAUAAAAUAAAUAAUAAUCCCGAGAAUUAGUGAUGAUAACAAUUAUAAUUGACAUUUAAUGCUGAUAAAUAAAAUUAUUCUAGUGAUAAUAAUUUAAAGUGAGUGGAGGAAAAUUGGGUUGGAAAUCAAAACUGAUGGGUAAAGUUAAUUGUGGGGAAUUUUUUGAACCGUGAGAUCGCAAUAAUUAUGAUUUAUUAAUAUUAAUUAAUAAGUGGAUGUUUAAAAUAAUUAGAAUUUAAUGAGAAUUGUUGAAUUUAAGUGGAAAUAAUUUGGGAAUUUGUGAAUGACAUUUUUUUUAUGCAAAAAUUUAAAAUUGAUUCGUUAUUUUCUGUCCGAGAUUUCUGAUACUCGAGUAUGUUUAUGCAACGCUCGGAGAAGCCGAUGAGGCUUAAUUUUGUGGAAGUUAUUGGAGGAGAAACGACCGUCCCCAACGGCGAUUGACGAACCAUUCCUCUGGAUCGUCGAGCGAGAUUGAUGAGAUCAGAGUGAUAUUGAUCAUUAAGUUGGUGUGAUUUCACGGAAUCAACCGGCUUGAGGGGCCAGUGGGGUCGCAGAGUUGGCAUUUUUUUGGGAUUUUAUCGGGCGAGAGAUUUUGUGAUUUGAUUCGAAAUUUGGAGGCUUUGAUGUUGUGAACUUCAGUGAACUGUGGAUUAUUGAUGCGAAGUUUCAUGGGAGUGUGAGCUGUCUAUGGUUGAUGCUACCGGGGAAAAGGAGAUUCUGAAUUUUUUGGAGUGGAUAAUUGAACAAGAUGAAGUAUCUGUGGCUGUGCGUUGCCAUUGUGGCAGCACUGCCCGCGGCUGUUCCAUGGGAAACGCAGCGCAGUAAGCCCAUGCCACGUUUAUAUGGCGACAGGAUUCCCACGAGAGUCCUAACACCAAGCAACAAAAAAGUUCAAAGGAAGAUCGUCCUUUACCACAACUUCUUCAGGACACACGUGACUCCCACCGCUUCCAACAUGCUCACAAUGAAAUGGCACAAUGGUGCUGCUAAAGCAGCUCAACGGUGGGCUGAGGCGUGCUACGCCCUGACCCAUGACAACGCAACGGGUUUACAUAUUGACGCCUUCGGCAGCUGUGGGCAGAACAUAUUUAUCUCAACGGCACAAGUACCCUGGUUCUUCGCCAUAAAAACAUGGUACCUGGAGCACCAGAUUUUCAAAUAUGGUCCACACGCGAACAACGAUCUCAGCCAAAUAGGCCAUUACACACAGAUGGUGUGGGCGUCAACUCAUCGUGUUGGAUGCGGUUGGGCCAAGUGCAACGGUACGAGGGGUCCACAGGGACGGCCAUACUUCAGUUACGUUUGCAACUACUGUCCCGCGGGCAAUCAUCCGGAUCGUCUAAGCACACCUUACACAGCCGGCCCGCCGUGCAGCAGCUGCAAGGACCACUGUAGCGUCGGCAAGCUAUGUAAGAAUGCCUGUCCAUGGGCGGACUUGUGGGCCAACUGUCGCCAACUCUAUGAAACGUGGCCCGGUUGGCUGUGCCAGACCGAUACCGAACAAGGUCUAGAGCGACUUCAAUUCUGCCGGGCGACAUGCAGGUGCCGUGACAAAAUAGUGUAAAGUAACAUAAAACAUUGUAAAAACCAUCACUGUGACAGCACAAGGUAAAACUGUUUAAUGUAGAAACAAGAGGUCUUGCGGACUAUCCAACUUUAUGGUGAAUGGUGUGUUGGGAUGAUAUGGUUAUCGGGGUUAUACUGGAUGACUCGUGUACGUGUAUUUUCGGCCAUUUAAUUGAGUGUGAGAGAGUGGUAAUACUCGCGUUUAACUGGCCAGCCCCGAGGGCAAUUUCGAGAAAUGAAAGACCCAUUAAGCGAGUCCCAUGUUAGAGGUUUUGACCAUGGUAAAUGAGGUUAGGGUAUGUGGGGAUAACGAGCGAGCUUGAAUUGAUGGUUAAUGGGAGAGAUUAAAUGGCGGGUUUUGGAGGAACUGGUGGUGAUGAUAGUCACAGUAAUCUUAGUUUGAAAAUUUUUUAUUUGCUAUUGUUGGAGGUGGGGUUAUUGGAGAGCAGGUGAUGUAGGACACAGUUUUAAGCACUGAAAAAAAUAUUACCUUAUUUUGAGAGUUUCAAAGGUCUCAAAAUAAGAUUUUCGAAAGUCUUUAUUUAAGCCUUGGAGAUCUCAAUUUAAGACUUUCAUAGACUAAAAUGGAGACUUUUGAAUGCUUAAAGUUAAGACUUUUAAAAAUUUCUAUUUGAGAUCUUUGAAAGUCUUAAUUUGGGGCCUUUGAACAUCUCCAUUCGAGACUUUCAUAAGUCUCAGUUUAAGAUGAUUAGUUUA